CGCUGGCGACCUGACGUAAAUGUCAAGAUGAAGGUACGUCAAAUGUCAAUUCCGUCACUAGUUAAAUUGUGAGUUGUGAAAAUGGCCGAAAGAAAGAAAAGCAAGAAGCGAAAAGAUGUGAGCUUUUUUAAUUAAUUUCAAACAUAUAGUAGAUCGUUUUUCAAUCAUGUUUCAUAUAUACGAGCUGGUUCUCUUGAACGAGUUUGUCAAGUCGUAAAUUUUGGUUUUGCGACCCCCACAGCUUAAAAUAUGUUUAUUAGAAUGGAUGACGUUAUUACUGUUGUUGCUAUUAACAAAAGUAGAUUAUAAUAUUUUAAAUGUGCCUCAUGCUAAUUGCAAAGUAUUUCUUUGCAAAACUGCACCUAAUCAUUAUAUUUUUUGCACUUUCGGAAAUCUAUCGCAAAUAACGGGACAAGCGACACUGUUGAUCUAGUUCAGUCCCCUAUGCAAAUUAUCUGUAAUAUGCAAAAAUCUACUCGCUAUUCAAAUACCUACUAUAAACAAGAAGUCAGGGGGGCACUGGUCCUCUUUUUGUUUAUUUUGCUUCAAGACAUCUGUUGGCAAGCAGUGAAGAUUGGUGCAUCUGUGAGGAAUAUGUGCAUCCUGGGGAAGAGAUUGAGGACAAACCCACAAAAGAAGAAUUUAAGGUGGCCAAAUGGAUGAAAAAGAAUGUGCCCAUCAAGAAAACUAAGUUUCUCAACCAUAAUGUGGAAUAUUUUACAGGCACCAGAGCAGUUGACGCCCUGCUCACAUCUCCCUUCGCCACCUCCGAAGACAGUGGCGUAGCGGGGGGCCUGUUCGCCACCAGAGAAGAGGUCUGUGACUACCUGCACGUAAUGCUGACGCACAAGUUCUUCCAUAGGGCUAGGAAAGUCCCGGUGGACGAAAAUGAAUUGAAAGCUAGGAAGGGCAAAAAGAAAACGAUCGAAAAGAAGGCGGAAGGGUCUGCCAACGAGGAGGAGAAGGAGAAAAAGGAUAAAGGGACAGAUGGGGAGAGUAACGCCGCUACGGCGACGGAAGGGGGCAAGGAGCAACAGGUGGAAAAAGAGAAACGCAAAAAGAAGAUCAGAUUAGAGAUGCAUGAUGACCAGAGAUUUGUCGACUCCUUGGAUGCUUACGUAUGGAUCUUUGAUCCUAUUCCAUUCUACUAUUGGAUAAUUGGUACCCUGCUGGUUCUGGGUGCCAUUUGCGUCUGUCUCUUCCCACUAUGGCCGCCAUCUGUCAGGUUAGGUGUAUACUAUCUGAGUGUCCUAGCAGCGACUUUCCUUGUGUCCAUCAUAAUUCUGGCCGUCCUAAGGGUGAUAAUCUUCAGUAUCAUAUGGAUAUUGACCAUGGGGAAACAUCAUCUUUGGAUUCUACCGAAUCUAACAGAAGACGUAGGAUUUUUUGCUUCAUUUUGGCCAUUGUAUACUUACGAGUAUAAAGGUGAAACAACAAGCAGUAAGAAGAAGAGUAAGAAGAAAAAGAAAGACAAGGACUCUGAUGCUGAAGAGGAAGAUGAAAAACAGGACCAUAAAUCUGAAGAGAAAGGAAAACUUGUUGAGGAUCAUCCUAGUGGAAACAUAGAACAUGAUGGCGUGGAUGAUCCAAAUCGUAAAGAAAUCUCUGGGGGUUCCGAAAGCGAGAGUGACAGUCAGAGAUCCAGCACAGGCAAGGAUUUCGAAAUCGUAGAUCAAGAGGAGUUAGAGUCUUAAUGUUGUACUUGUUCAGUAGGUGAUACGCAUAUACAUACACAUGCAUUAAUGGAGAAAAUAUAUAUAGAGUAUAAAUGUUCAUGUCCGCACAUUUCAGAUUAUGGAUUUUGACACGAACAUAGGAAAUUUGGUAGAUGCUUUCAGGCAAGUAUAGUGAAUGCAACAUGGGAACAUAAAAAAAGAAUCAGUUACAACUUUUAUUUCCCGUCACUGUAAGUAGGCUACAUGUGCAACGAAAUAGGGUUUAUGUCAUAUUACUUUGAGCAGUGAGUAUUGACUUGAAAUGCUAGUAUAAUUUACACCUUUACGAAAUAAAAUUUUUGGUAGUAUUUCAUUUAUUGGUCCUGUAGACCAAAAUUUCUAGCUAUAAUGUAGCAAAGUAUGGAUUUGGAACCUUACUGUUUUUUAUGUAACUUCUGAAACUACCAGUAGAUGUCCCUCUGAUGUCUCAUAAUCUGAUCAAUAAAUUAAACCACACACGAGAAAUAAAUGACUCUGCUGACGUCUCAGCUGUCAUGGCAGGAGUUUUAAAUUUGAAAAAAAAGAUCAUUUAUUUUUGUAAUGUGGCAUUUUUUGCCUACUUUCUGAGUGAACUUGGAUUCCAAUGGAACAUUUUGCAAAAAGUAGAAAUCUAUGUUUUUCGUACGUUCGUGUUCUUAAGUCACAGUUUAGGAGAAUACUUGGAUUAUAACAUUGUUAUAUGAUCGUAGGUUUAUCUGGAAAAUACAAUGUAACAUGUUAUUGUGUAAUUUUUGCUGGUGUGUAUUGAAAGUAACAUUCAUCAAGACAUAAAGCUUUUUUAUUUGACAAUUUAGGAAAACAGUAUUAUAGACAAAUACUACGUUUUAUCAAAAUUUUUUGUAAGUUAAAGUAUUUUUCUAUAGUACAUUGGGAGAUUAACGAAAUUAUUUUUUAGCGAAUGUUUUAAUUUAUUUUUCGAUUGUGUAUUUUUGUGGGUGAUUUUUUGAAUAACUCAUUUUUAAUCGAUAAAUCAGAGUAAUUAUAAUGUGCAUGCUAUUGUAAUUCUUAAUCGGGGUACUUUCGAGAAAUGUGUUCAUUCAUCAAGCAAGAAUUGUUUCAUAAUCUAGGCUGACAGUAUUUCAUACUAAAUUAAGCACAGUGGUCAUCUCAGAAGAAAAAUGCUUUAAUAUUGGUGCUUAUUUUCAGUAAAAAUAAUUGACAUCAGUACAGUGUUACCAUGAGCAUUGCAUAGUAGGGAGCAUCAUAUGCAGUCCAAAUGUCAACACUGGCUAGUGCUAGAGUUAUUGUUACGCAGGCAGCAUGGAGCCAGUGUUGCAAUUUAUACUUCUGUGAUCCUCUGGGUGAGGUGCAAUCAUGGUAACAUACUGUAUAAAAUAUUAUGAAGAUACCUUAUUUUCGACCCAAAAUUUGUUUGAAUGAACUAGAUAUUUGGCUCGAGAGUUAGUUACUAUUAGGAGAGUGCUUAUAGAUAAUUAUUUAUUUUGUGGUAAAUAUUUGACUUGUGAUUUUAUAAUGGAUGUUCACCUCAUCCCUCAACCUUUAUUUGUAUAUGAUUGGUGCUAAGAUAUAGUUUGGAACAGAAAAAAAUAAUCAGAUUUUUACAGACGCUAGGUUUAUUACAAGCCCGCUACUUAUGGUCUUGCAUUUAUAAUCUGUAUUAUUUUAAUACAUUAUACUGGAUGAGAUAUAAAUAUAUUGUACAUAUUUCAUUUCAACGUGUCCAU